AUGAAUGGCUUCAUUUUCAGAUCCUCACAGCAGGGAGCAGACAGUGGGGGUGGCAGUCCCAGCAGUGCGGCGGCAGAGACACCCUCCAGCGAAGACUUCAGCCUCUCCUUGCUGGACACUAACUUACCAGCUGAAGCAGAGACUGAAUUGCGCAGUUUUAUCGCUAAGCGUCUUACUAAAGGAGCCCUGUUUGAAGGAAUGGGGAAUGUGGCGUCAGUGGGGCUGAGCAUACCAGAAUAUAAUGUUGGUUGUUAUUACUGUCGUUUCCAACAAGAAAAUCUUCUAGAAAUGCCAACACUGGAAUCAGACAUCAAUGCUCCAGAAUAUGUAGUUUGUUUCUUGGGUGGCUCAGAGAAGGGUCUGGAACUUUUCAGACUUGAGCUCGACAAAUACAUUCAAAGUCUGAAGAUAAACCUUGAUUUGGAGCAAAAGACCUUGGAGACCUACGUUGACCCCUACUUGAGAAGCUGGUUUGAGAAUGCCAUAUGCCCUAUUCAGAGAGUAGUACAGCUCUUCCAGGAGAAACUCGCCUUUUUGUUACAUGCUGCUUUGAGUUAUACUCCUGUGGAAGUAAAAAACGCAGAUGAAAGAACAGAAAAAGAUAUUAGCAGGUUUCUGGCGGCUGCCAGCCUCCAAGGACUGGUUCAGGAAGGCACAAUGACCUCCUUGUGUAUUGCCAUGACUGAGGAACAGCACAAGUCAAUGAUAAUAGACUGUAGUGGACCUCAGCCUCAGUUGCAUAAUGCAGGAAGCAACCGAUUCUGUGAGGACUGGAUGCAUGCUUUUUUGAAUGGUGCUGAAGGUGGAAAUCCGUUUCUCUUCCGGCAAAUUUUAGAAAACUUUAAGUUGAAGGCUAUACAAGACAUUAACAACCUGAAGAGGUUUAUCCGCCAGGCUGAAAUGAACCACUACGCCUUGUUCAAGUGUUACAUGUUUCUAAAGAACUGUGGCAGCGGAGACAUCCUUUUGAAGAUUGUUAAAGUAGAACAUGCAGAAAUGCCAGAAGCCAGAAAUGUAGUGACUGUCCUUGAGGAAUUCAUGAGAGAAACAUCAGUGGCUUAA